AUGUUGCGAAUGGUGGGCGACAGCAAGACCGAGCAUACCAGCGACUCUACAGUCAAUACCCCAACCAUAGAUACAGACAAAAAAAAUGAAAAACGGAUAAGCGAUCGUUCACCUCGAUGUUCCUCAGACGAGGACUCUGAUAUCGCUCUAAGUGACAGUGAAAAUGAGCACCUCGAGCUCAUCAGAGCCAAAGCUACUCGCAUCCCCGAAGAAGAGGGUAACUCAAAUGAUGUAGCCAGCGUGCCACCUAAGAGCGAGAAUGAGAAGCCGGCAUCAUGGCUUUCCUUGCCCAGAAAAGAUCAACUUUUCAUCCUAGCCCUCGCGCGUAUGGCUGAGCCCAUAGUCCAAUCCAGCAUAAACUCGUACAUGUUCUUCAUGCUGCGAUUCUUUGACCCAUCACUUUCGGACUCAGCCAUUGCCUCGCAGGCAGGCUACCUUUCAGGAGGCUUUACAGCCGCUCAGUGUAUCACAGCUAUGAUAUGGGGCCGUGUGGCUGACAAGGCAUCGGUGGGUAGAAAGAAUGUACUCAUUAUCGGUUUGUUAGGAACGCUUACAUCCACAAUUGGCGUUGGGUUUUGCCGGUCUUUUGCUCCUGCAUUCUUCUUUCGCUGUCUUGGCGGAGCCUUGAACGGCAAUGUCAGCAUUAUGCGGACGAUGACUUCUGAGAUCAUUCGCGAAAAGAAGUAUCAGACUAAGGCUUUCUUGUUGAUGCCCAUUAUGUUCAAUGUUGGUGUUCUUUUUGGUCCUCUACUUGGUGGUUGGCUACAGAAUCCGGUCCACAGUUUUCCCCGGGCAUUUGGGCCUGGAAGCAAGCUUGGUGGCACAGAAGGUGUGGGAUGGAUGCUGAAAUAUCCAUAUGCAUUACCAAACUUGUUUAAUGCUUCACUGUUGUUUAUCUCGCUUCUCCUUGUAAUUUUAGCUCUCGAAGAGACACAUAUGGAUCGUCAGCAUCUCUCUGAUCCAGGCCUCAAAUUGGGUCGAUUUAUGGUUCGCAUAAUUUGUUGCAGGCCGCGACAGUCUCAAUAUGCCCAGCUAGAAGUGGAGGAUAAUGUUAAUGAUAUUGAAAUGACAAUGCCUCCGGAAUACACCAAAGAAACCAAAACCUCAUACCAACCACGUGCGAAGCUACCAUUCCAGCGCAUACUUCGUCGCAAUGUCAUUGCAACUAUGGUCGCCCAUGGGCUUAUACAGGGCCAUACAAGCGCGUUUCAAAAUCUUUGGUUCUUAUUCCUUUCUACGCCUCGCUUUGAUCCUGCCCAUCCAAACCCGCCGGAUUAUAUACCACACCCUCCUCUCUUCUUCACAGGAGGCUUAGGCCUCUCACCCGUUAUCAUUGGAACAGCAAUCGGUAUCAUCGGCGCCAUGGGCCUGACUUUACAAUUCGGUGUCUAUUCAUGGGUAACGCACCGCUUGGGCGUGUUACAUGCAUACCGUUAUACCCUAGCAUUUUUCCCCCUAGCUUAUGCAAUUGCUCCAUUUCUAGCAUUAUUUCCAACGAAGUCAGACUCGCCACAUGCAGCAGACGGCCCAUGGAUCUGGAUUGGAAUUUGUAGUUUGUUGCUGCUCGUUGUUACAGGUCGUACAUUUGCGCUUCCCAGCUCUCUUAUCCUUAUCAAUAACUGCACGCCGCACCCGAGUGUCCUCAGCACUAUCCACGGUAUCGCGCAGAGCGUCAGCGCCGGAGCCAGAACUUUGGGUCCGCUCGUUUUUAGUGCGGUGUAUGGCCAAGGCUUGAAAAAGGGGGUGGUGGGUAUGGCGUGGUGGAUACUGAUGAUUGAAGCUUUUGUUGCUUUUGGUGCAAGUUGGUUGGUUUAUGAGGGGAAUGGACAUGAAAUUCGUUUGGAAGGAGAUCCUCCAUGUUGA